UAAAAAUUCUUAGUGAAAAAAAAAGAAGAGAAAAUCAUUACAUUUAAUCUUAAAAGAGUUCAAGAAAAAUUGAAAAACAAACAUACAAGUGCAAGAGUUUUCUAACAAAAACCCUGUUGGUUAAACAUAGUGUCUUUGAAAUAACCGUUGAAUAACAACAGUUUCUAAAAUGUUCUACAACAAAGUAUUUGCAUCUUUUGCCGGCGUUUUGGCUUUAUUUGUGCUAUUAUGUAGUUUAAGUUCCAGCCAUGGAGCGGUUUUCACACAGAGAGCCAUAUUAAAUCCCGCACAUCCUGGUAAAUGUUUUGAUAAAUUCACACGCCGUGCCAUGCUGCCCAACAAGGAAUACAAACCCAAAGGCAUUUGUGCUGCCUUGACUUGUGAUCUUGAGAGCCAAACUAUUAACAUUGAGACGUGUCCCUAUGUGGAAAUGCCCGGCUGUGAAGAGUUGCCCGCCGAUCCCUCAUGGAACUUCCCCAAGUGUUGUCCACAAUUUAAGUGCACGGACUUUAAGACCGGCAAGGAGUUUGUGGUCUCGCUGUAGUUGAAUCCUAUUAGCAUGAAAACACCAAACACCACCAACAGAAUCAUUUAAGAAACAACCUCAAAAAUUCACGACAACAAAAAAAAAAAAACAUCGUGAUUUAUUUCUAUCUACACUUAUAACCAUAAAAUCGACAAAAAAACAAAUAUUAUAUUAAUAUAUGUGUGUAGCUGUGUGAAUGUAUUUUUCCAAAGUGUGUAUGUUCCAUUUCGUUGAUAUAUUUUUUUCAAUAGUAAAGAAAAUACUUCAUUGUCACUUUAUUUAUUUAUAAUAGGUUACUUUGUUCAUCUCACCUUCUGCUAUGCAAAGAUUUUUGUUUUUCGAUAUAAAUUUAAUUUUGUAAAUAUAUUUUUAAAUUUCUUUUUUUGAUUUGUUUUUGUUUUUUUCCCCUUCUACUACUUAUCAUGUGUGUAUGCGCGGGAAUGUGUGAUUGUUUUUAUUUUAAAUUGUAAUAAUUACCAUAAUGAAAACGUAUUAAUUAUAUAGUUGUGUAUGGAAACCUGAAUUGAUGAUCUUUGUGUGCGUUUUUAAGCAUACUUUUUAUUAAUUGUUUAAAUAAAAAUAUUAUACCUAAACAUUUUUAUAAGCUAAGCGUUUAAGAAAGAAAAAAGAAAAUAAAAAUUAUUAAUAAAAUUAAA